GGGUAGACGCCAUCUGUGCAUGUACCACCCCAACUACGGUCCCAUCAAAGUCCAUGACGCUGAAGUAGUACUAGUAGUCGAAGAAGAAGAAGAAGAAGAAGAAGAUAACACAGUCACAAAGGGUGUGAGCUAAUUUGUGCAGAGGAGAUUCAUGUCAAAUUUUAAGUGCUUAUACCAAACAUCCCUGUAUAUGUGAGGCAUUGACCUAUUUCUAUUCUACACAUCAACCCUGUUGUGCAAGAGUGAAAAAAGAGAAAGAAAAAAAAAAAGACUCUUCUUCCACCCUGUAUAAUGGCCCCUAAACCUUCAACCACAAGAACAUGCAAGCACCUAACCAACAGUGCCACAUAGGGGACUAGUAUUAGGCCUCUCCUUGAUUGUGCAAAGGAAAUCUUCUAGCAAAAUAAUCUGAGAUCUUUUGCUCUACUUGAUGGCAUCUACAUCUCAUUUUUUUUUAUGGCCUGCCGUUACAUUUCUCUUUUUUAUGCUGUUGCGUCCAACUUCAAGCCUUAAUGCUGUUAGUGGUCCAACCAAACGUAGACAUGAGGUAAUUGUGGCACGUCAUGGUGCUGUUGCCACUGAUGAUCGUCGAUGCUCCAGAAUAGGGAUGGAAGUUCUUCGGGAAGGAGGUCAUGCUGUUGAUGCAUCAGUGGCUUCUGCUCUUUGCUUGGGGGUUGUAAGCCCAGCAUCAAGUGGCAUUGGUGGAGGAGCCUUUAUGCUUCUCAGGCUAUCCAGUGGGAAGGCACAAGCCUUUGAUAUGAGAGAAACUGCCCCCUUGAAAGCUUCUGAGAAUAUGUAUGCUGGAAAUGCUACUCUGAAACGUAAAGGUGCCCUCUCCAUAGCAAUUCCAGGGGCACUUGCAGGCCUUUACAAAGCUUGGAAACAACAUGGAAGGCUUCCUUGGAAGAGGCUUGUGAGGCCGGCUGAGCGUCUUGCUCAUUUGGGAUUUAAGAUAUCACCAUAUCUCCACAUGCAGAUGGUCAAUACAGAAUCUGGGAUCUUGGCCAAUAAGGGACUCAGAGAUAUAUUUACUUCAAAUGGAAGUCUUUUGCAGGCAGGUGAUAUCUGUCGCAAUGAGAAACUAUCAAAUACACUAAGAAAAAUUUCAAAAUUUGGUCCAGUGGCCCUGUAUAAUGGCUCAAUUGGAUUCAAUUUGGUUAGAGAUAUUCAGAAUGUUGGAGGCAUACUGACAAUGAAGGAUUUGCAAAAUUAUAAAGUAAAAUUGAAAGAACCAAUAUCUGCUAACAUUUUAGGGCUUAAAUUGCUUGCAAUGCCUCCUCCUUCAGGGGGUCCUCCAAUGAUACUCAUGUUAAACAUUCUUUCUCAAUAUGCCAUCCCUUUGGGCGUAUCUGGCACACUUGGGUUCCAUCGAGAAAUUGAGGCUUUGAAACAUGUAUUUGCUGUGAGGAUGAAUCUUGGUGAUCCUGACUUUGUUGAUGUGUCAAAAGUUCUAGCUGAUAUGCUCUCUCCUAAGUUCGCUAAAGAAUUAAAGAAACAAAUAAAUGACAAUAUGACAUUUGAUCCUAGUCUUUAUGGUGGCAGAUGGAAUCAGAUCCAUGAUCAUGGCACCAGUCAUCUUUCUAUCAUAGAUCAUGAGCGAAAUGCCGUAUCCAUGACUGCUACUGUGAAUGCAUAUUUUGGUUCACUAUUCCUGUCACCUAGUACAGGAAUAGUCCUAAACAAUGAAAUGGAUGAUUUCUCGAUCCCUAUGAAUGUUUCCGCAGAUCUUCCACCACCAGCACCAGCAAAUUUUAUCCGCCCGGGAAAAAGGCCAUUAUCUUCCAUGUCACCUACUAUUGUCUUAAAGGAUGAACAAGUGCAAGCCGUGGUAGGUGCUAGUGGGGGAGGCAUGAUCAUUGCUGGAACUGCAGAGGUUCUCUUGAAUCAUUUUGCCAGGGGAAUGGAUCCACUCUCUUCUGUCAUGGCACCAAGAGUCUAUCACCAGCUGAUACCUAAUGUUGUAUACUAUGAGAACUGGACAACUGUGAUUGGUGAUCACUUUGAAGUUCCCGCUGAUAUCAGGGUAGCUCUUCAAAAGAAGGGGCAUAUCCUACAGAGCCUCUCCGGAGGGACUAUUUGCCAGUUUAUAGUUCAAGAUGUAGGGACUUUGAAGAAAAAUGGAGGCAUUGGAAAGCUUGUGGCUGUUAGUGAUCCAAGAAAAGGUGGGUUUCCUGCUGGUUAUUGAAAUGCUGUAGUAAUAUUAGGCAUCUCUUGAUACGCUGGAGUAGUAUUAGGCAAUUCAAUAAAGUUUGUGUCUUUUAUUUCUGCUGCUGGCAGAUGAUUUUUCUUCCAAUUUGGUGAAAUUGUUAGUUAUUGUAAGAGAGGAGAUAGAUACAACUUUUCUGUUCUUAACCAGGAUUGAAAGUAGGGGUGGCAAUUCGUGUUC